AUGGCCGAGGCGCGCUCCUCCCGCCGCGAGCUGCGCGGCGCAUUCUACCGCCAGUUCUGGAACCAGACGAUCGAGUCCUCGCGGUCGCUGGACACCGUUGUGCGCUGCAUGCCCAACGAAGCGUCGCCGGGGCCGUUGACGUCACCGUCGGGCCUGUCGCGCGCGCAGCAGCUGCUGGUGGCGUCGGCGUUGGGCGUGCCGUUGGCGCCCACCUUCAGCAAGGAGCACGGCGGCGUGUGCUUGGAUCGUGCAGUUCCGCUCCUGGGCUGUCGCUGGUUUUGGACGGCCCUCCUAUUUCGAUUCAAACUGCAGAAGUAUCUGGAGGAGCGGCAGAAUAUGGCCCCUUGGCUCAGGCAGGUGGAGGCUCUUGGCAACCCUCAGAACUUCAGGGCCUGCUGCAAAGGCCGGCUGGACUUGGGAAAGCACAUCAGCAUCACCGGCAAGGUGGAAUCCAAUUCCGUGAAGGACAUCCAUGAGGCGAUCCAGUGGCGCCCUCCUCCCCAGGGCUCCAGUACCGCGGGCCCCAAUGGACGGGGCCGAUGGGAUGGCUUCUCAGCAAGGACUGACUUGCGCAUGCAGCUGAGGGGCCACCGCAUUAGUGCAUCUAGGGCGUACCAGGACGAGUUCCGAUGCAAGGGUGGCUAUGCCCGAGUGCCCGGACUGCUGUCGGUGGAGGUCGCAUCGGACAAGGGCAUGGAGGCCAUGCACUACAGGAUCGGCGUGCACCAGGUUGAGGGGCACCCUGUGUAUGCUGGAGGUACUGCGGAUGAUGCACCAGUGGAGGGAUACACUCCUGGCACAUACCUCCAGGGCGGCCUGGCAUUUGAUGGUGAGGCAACACUUCUGCCCAGGAAGCGCCACAUACAUCGCUGGCACAACAAAGCCAGGACUGCAAGGGUGGGCGACACUCUCACACUCUUGCGGCGCCAGCAAGGGGAUCCGCUGCUGCAGUUUGACAAGGGGGAUGCGGGAGGCACUUCCUUGCCCGAUUCCCAACAGAAGGCCUCCAGCGAUGAGAUACUGGAGAACAUGAGGAUGCGGACGCAGAAGGUGAAAACACUGUCGACAGAUGCCCGGGGCUGGGCAAGCAAAGUUCGGCAUGGAAAGCUCAAGGAGAUGCUUGGAUUGCAGGCCAAAGACAAGGGUCGAAGGCCGAAAAAGCAGACGCCAUGGCCAUUCCUAUCGAAUGCCCACUUGAGGGUGUGUGGGCUGAUUGGCUUGGCAGCAUCCAUGCGGAUAAGCGGCUUCUCUGGCAUGCGGUCACGGCCAUCGUUCUCUGAACCUAGCCCCUCAACAAGCACUGUUCGCAGGUGGUCACCAAGGCCCUGGGCCAAUGAGCGCUUUGCCCAUCUGUUCUUGGCCACAGGCAUAAGCCUGCAGGCUGGCCAGAUGCAGAACUGGCUCCUGUCCUACUCAUCGGUGUCGGCGAGGUUCGAAGUUCAGGUGCCAGCACCAUGGGGUGCCUACCAGCGCCUGAGGCGGAGCCAGAGCUUCAGGGGGAGGAGGACUGCCUGGGUGGCUGGUGCGGGCACACCACCAGGCGUGCAGGUGUCUGUCGCACAGCAGGUUUUGGGCCCCUUGAGGGCAAAGGCUGAUUUCCGGUGGGUCCUUGAGGCUGGAGACCCUGUCGUGAGGCCUGGAGGUGGGCCCCUCAUUCGCGCUCAGGACCACAUCCGCAGCCUGAGAUCGCAUCUCGCAGAGGCCCAGUAUGGCUUCGACUUUGCAGCCCCGGGAUUGGCAGGCGCCUUCCGGAUAGGGGGAUGGUACACGCCGGCACGCAAGGAGGGGCUGAUCGAGAUGCGCAUGUUCUGA